AAUGAAAUUCGUGUGGCACUCCUCAGCAGUGUGGUAUUGUGACAUCUCCUAUGAGUACUGACGACCUGCAAAGUACAAACAUGGGUCAUGGAGAUGGGAGUGGUGAGGGAUCUGGGACCGGAAGUGGAGGUGACAGCCAGUCAGGCUCUGGAGGAGUUCUUUGGCAAGUCAUCUGGUUGCUUUUACUAUUGCUUGCUGGCAUAUGGGUCGCUGGGUUCUGCGCUUGGUGGUACAUCAUGCUUAUCCCGUUUACUGUGUGUUUCCAGCCUUUAGCGGCUGUAACUGAUAUCCUGUUGCGUGGUACACAACUCACUUAUUUUUGUACCAAAAACAUGAUGGAGGCAAAUACAUUUGGAGAAGCUUGGGCUACAGCAGGUACAACAGUGCCACCGACCGUGCUUGUUAUUCAGAGUUGAGUACAAGGAAGGAAAUUUAGCCCAGAGUGAUGGCCCAAGUUAUUUUUCCUGUUUUUCAUGCUUUGAUAAGUUGAGAUUUGUACAUAUAUUCAUUGAAAUGUGAAUAUGUACAUAAUUUUGAUUGUAAGUAUUUGUUCACUGCUAUGAAUGUGCCAAUAUAUCUAUUUAUCAAGGAGGUUCUUUUAAAACUCAAGUUUUUAUGCAAAGAUCAUUGGGAAUUGAGUACUGCAAAUCUGAAGUCAUCCUCCUUGAAUCAUGGAAAGUGGGUAUGUAUUUGAUCAUUGUUUACUACUUUAGUGUCAGAAGUGAUUACGGCUAAAAAUAUGAAGGCUUAUUAGUCCAAUCUUUUAUUUAAAUAAUAAUUAUGUGCACAAAUGAAAGAUGCUAAAAAGCAUUUGCUAAUACAUAAUCCCCAAGCUCAGUACUGUGUUGGAAAGGCAAUAAAGAUGGAAUUUUCUGUGACUAAAUAUAUGGAUAUUUGCCUGUCAACUAGCGAGUGAUAUGAGUAACUCAAUGUCUUUAAUAAAAAAACAAAUUAGUUUGAAAGGGUAUUUUUUUAGGGUGAAUAUUGUCAUGAAUAUACCGUAGAUAUUUUAUAUUGAUAUUUGCAACAACUAGGUUAGUAUAAAUGUAAAGCUCAUUAAAAAUUGAAAUAUGUAUUUAGACAGUUGAAGUAAUUUAUAAGGCAUAAAGUUUUGUUAUUGGAGUGAUUGUUAAUGUUCAGGUUUUUAAAAAAUUUUUGCCUAUCAAGUGCUUUGCUCUCACCUGAAGGCAUUUCACAAAGCCAGUGUAGUUUUAGUCCACAUAUCUGAGGAAAGUUUUCACUGCCAUAUAGCAUUUCCAAUGUGUAGUACAGUACAGUGCUUGAAGAGAUGGCUUGCCAAAUUGUGUCAUAGGUGAUUUUGAGUGUAUCUUUUACAAUGUAGAUGUAUUAAGGUACUGUGGUUUAAAUAACAGAUCAUGUCCAGUGAUGGUUGUCACUGAUUAGGUUAGGAUAACCAACCAUGGCGUCAGUCAAUGCCUUUUUUUUUUAUUUUAUUACAGAUAAGUCACAGAGCACUGAAUUCAAAAUAUUACAAUUGAUUGAUAAGAUCACAUAGCACAUUACGAGAAUUUCAAAAAUCCAACCUUGUUUUUUUAUUACAAGUAUAACUGGUGCAGUUGACUGAAAAGUCAUAUUGUUUACCAAGAUUCUUUUUUUUUUUACGUGAUGUGGACAAGAAAAUAAAACUGUACUAAGACCUUAGUUGACAUGAAAAAGAUUCAAAUUACAGUCACAGUAAAAUUUUAAAUACACUGUAGAACUUACAGUUCGAGUAUUCAUCAUUGGCAAGGUUGUUGUAUUUAUGCAUACUGUAAUAACAAAAAGUUUAUAUUUUUUUAAAUUCCACUUACCAUGUGGUGUAAUUUUCUUUCCUUGAAUGAAUGUGUCUGUUUUCCCAACUAAUGCAGUGUUCUGUUGCAGUACAGUUUGUUAAUUGUCCUUCUCAAGUAGAUACAAUUUUGGUGCUUUUUCUGUACAACUUACAUUUUUAAGGUUUUUAAUUUAAUACCUUUAUGCAACCAGCUAUAUAUUUUUAGAUUUAUAUAGUAUAUAGCUCAGCUUAUUCCAUAAGCAUCGUGCAAUGAUGAUCAAAUGGUAGAAAGUCAAAUUUUCAGCCUCAGUCUCAAGAACCUUAUUUUCACUGUAUUUAUAUAAUUUUAUAACAAUAAAACUAAUGAUAU